AUGAGCCGCUGGGAUCGCUCCCUCCUGUCCGCCGCCCCCCGGCUAGCAGUCGCCACGGUGAUUCUCCUCCUCCAGCUCCAGCUCUCGUUGGCUGGCGCUCCGCCCGAGUCCAGCCUGGACGGCUCGGUCUCGGCCGUGUCCACCAACAAGACGGAGUGCUCCAAGCCCGAGGCGUGCACCAGGGGCGUGGUGCUGCCCAUCUGGGAGCCCAUGAACCCGUCCUUCGGAGACAAGGUUGCCCGGGCGACGGUUUACUUUGUGGCCCUGGUCUACAUGUUCCUGGGUGUGUCCAUCAUCGCUGACCGCUUCAUGGCGUCGAUAGAGGUCAUCACCUCACAGGAGAAGGAGAUCACCAUCAAGAAACCCAACGGGGAGACCACCACCACCACGGUCCGGAUCUGGAACGAGACGGUGUCCAACCUCACCCUCAUGGCUCUGGGCUCUUCGGCCCCGGAGAUCCUGCUCUCCGUCAUAGAGGUCAUAGGUCACCGGUUCCAGGCGGGCACGCUGGGCCCCUCCACCAUCGUGGGCUCGGCGGCGUUCAACAUGUUCGUGAUCAUCGGGCUGUGUGUGUACGUGGUGCCGGACGGCGAGACCAGGAAGGUCAAGCACCUGCGGGUCUUCUUCGUCACGGCCACCUGGAGCAUCUUCGCCUACAUCUGGCUCUACCUGAUCCUGUGUGUGAUCUCGCCCGGCGUGGUGCAGGUGUGGGAGGGGCUUCUCACCUUCAUGUUCUUCCCCAUCUGCGUGGUCUUCGCCUGGGUGGCCGACCGCCGCCUGCUCUUCUACAAGUACGUGUACAAGCGCUACCGCACUGGGAAGCAGCGUGGGAUGAUCAUCGAGACCGAGGGCGACCGGCCACUUCCUUCCAAGGUGGACAUCGAGAUGGACGGGAAGAUGCUGAACUCUCAUGGCGUGGACUUCCUGGACGGGUCCCUGGGUUUGGACCUGGACGAGAAAGACCUGGACGAGGAGGAGACCCGCAGAGACAUGGCCAAGAUCCUGAAGGAGCUGAAGCAGAAGCACCCCGACAAGGAGGUGGAACAACUCAUCGAACUCGCCAACUACCAAGUCCUGAGCCAGCAGCAGAAGAGUCGUGCUUUCUACCGCUGCCAGGCCACUCGACUGAUGACCGGCGCCGGCAACAUCCUGAAGAAGCACGCCGCCGACCAGGCCCGGAAGGCCGUCAGCAUGCACGAGGUCCGCUCCGACGUCGGCGAGAACGACCCCAUCUCCAGGAUCUUCUUUGAGCCCGGUUCCUACCAGUGCCUGGAGAACUGCGGCACCGUGGCCGUCAACGUGAUGCGGCGCGGCGGCGACCUGAGCAAGACGCUCACCGUGGAGUACCGGACAGAAGACGGGACGGCCAACGCCGGAUCGGACUACGAGUUCACCGAGGGCGUGGUGGUGUUCAAGGCCGGCGAGACGCUGAAGGAGAUCCGCGUCGGGGUCAUCGAUGACGACAUCUUUGAGGAGGACGAGAACUUCCUGAUCCACCUGUCCAACGUCAGGGUGUUGACCUCCGAAGGGGAGGAGCCCGACGAAGGCGAGGCAGCCAAUCACGUGGACUCAGUGGCAUGUCUCGGCCUACCCGCCACCGCCACCGUCACCAUCUUUGAUGACGACCACGCCGGUAUCUUUACCUUCGAGGAGCCUGUUUGCCACGUGAGCGAGAGCGUGGGCACCAUGGAGGUGAAGGUGCUGAGGACGUCGGGCGCUCGCGGCGUGGUCACCGUGCCGUACAAGACGGUGGAGGGAACCGCCCGAGGCAGCGGCGAGGACUUCGAGGACUCGCACGGCGUCUUGGAGUUUCAGAACGACGAGAUCUUGAAGACCCUAAGUGUUAGGAUCUUAGACCGGGAGGUGUACAAUAAGCAGUCGUCCUUCUACGUUCUGCUCGAAACCCCCCAAUGGAGACGCAGCAGGAAGGAGUCGACAGAAGACAAGCCGAAGCCGGAGGAGGAGGAGGAGGAAGAGGCGCUGACAGGACAGGACGAUGAAGAGCGGCGCAUCGCUGAGAUGGGCCGGCCCAUGCUGGGCGACCACGUGAAGCUGGAGAUCAUCAUCGAGGAGUCGUACGAGUUCAAGAACACCGUGGACAAGCUGAUCAAGAAGACCAACCUGGCUCUGCUGGUGGGAACCAACAGCUGGAGAGACCAGUUCAUAGAGGCCAUCACUGUGAGCGCAGGUGAGGACGAUGAUGAUGACGAGUGCGGCGAGGAGAAGCUUCCGUCCUGUUUCGACUACGUCAUGCACUUCCUCACCGUGUUCUGGAAGGUUCUGUUCGCCUUCGUGCCGCCCACAGACUACUGGAACGGCUGGGCCUGCUUCGUGGUGUCCAUCUGCAUGAUCGGCCUUCUCACCGGACUCAUCGGGGACCUGGCCUCCUCCUUCGGCUGCACCGUCGGCCUGAAGGACUCCGUCACAGCUGUGGUGUUCGUCGCACUGGGAACUUCUGUCCCAGAUACCUUUGCCAGUAAAGUGGCUGCCAUCCAGGACCAGUACGCAGACGCCUCCAUCGGUAAUGUGACGGGAUCGAACGCUGUCAACGUGUUCCUGGGCAUCGGGGUGGCCUGGUCCAUCGCAGCCAUCUACCACCAAAGCAAUGGGGACGAGUUCAGGGUGGACCCCGGCACGCUGGCCUUCUCCGUCACCCUCUUCACCAUCUUUGCCUUCGUGGCCGUCGGCACGCUGAUGUACCGACGGAGGCCGGAGAUCGGUGGCGAGCUGGGCGGGCCCCGGACUGCGAAGGUCCUGACCACCAUGCUGUUCGUCAGCCUGUGGCUCCUCUACAUCCUCUUCUCCUCGCUGGAGGCCUACUGUCACAUCACGGGCUUCUAA